GAGAACGUGUUUUUAGUAGACUAUUCAUUUUAUUUUUAGUUUUUCUAAACAGUAUGUACAUUAUGUUAUUAAAUUUUUACGACUAUAUUAAAGCGAAUUAAAGUUUAUGUAAGAAGUAUGGCAUUAUCUCCGUUGUCCUGAGGGACCGCUUGUCCGGCAACUUUCUUUAUGUAAUCAGGAAAAUUUCCUAUAAAACAAGUAUCGCAGGAUGAGUAAUUCAGUUUGAAAGUAUUUGCCGUUAAGUGUGGGUAAAUGUUUGCAGAUUAUCCUACAUCCAUGAAAAUAUACUUCUUGUUAAAAUGGGACUUGUUUCUGAUGCUGGUUUCAAUAUAUCCAUCUCAAAAUCUAGAAACGAGUUAGGUGACAAUACGACAAUUGACAGAAUUAUAGAAGAGUUUAAAAGCAAAUGGGAAGUAAAAGAAUGGACGAGACAUUUCUUUACCGAAGAUCAUUUGACAGAUAUUAAUAUACACUGGUUAAAAUUCGAUGCACCAAAGAAGUCGAGCUUUAUUAUUUUGGCCGUUCUGUAUAUUAUUGUGAUGGUCUUGGGUUUAUUCGGAAAUUAUCUGGUUGUAUUUCUAUUUAUGAGGAAUAAGUCUUUAAGGACUCCAGCCAACACCUUAUUAGUGAAUUUAGCUGUCAGUGAUGGUUUGAUGAUGUCAAAAAUGCCGAUAUUUAUUUAUAAUAGCUUUAACAGGGGACCUGCUCUUGGAGACUUAGCUUGUAGACUCUAUGGUUUUAUUGGUGGACUAAGCGGAACUGCGUCGAUAGUAACUCUAGCAGCCAUCUCAUUCGACAGAUAUUUUGUGAUUGCAUAUCCAUUGAGUAGAAAAUAUGCUGAUAUUCGUAUUAAAACAUCUGUGAUUGGAUCUUGGAUAUACGCCACUGUUUUUUCAUCAAUCCAACUUUUCGAUAUAGGACUUGGCAAGUACCAAUACGAGGGAUAUUUAGUCAGUUGCAGUUUCGACUACCUAACAGACAACUCAGCUAUAAAAAUCUUCAUUAUCGUCUUUUGCGUCGCCGCUUGGGUUUUACCAUUUCAUUUGAUCACGUUUAGUUACAUAAAAAUUCUGCAGGUGGUGGUACAAAAGUCAUUUGGGUCACCAACUAAGAAAGAAUCUUUUAGACAUGUCAGGGAAGAAACCAGAAGGAAACAAGAAAUCAAACUAGCUCUAACUAUUCUAGCUAUGAUAUUUCUUUGGGUUUUCUCCUGGACGCCAUAUUCAGUAAUAUCUCUGUUAGGUAUAUCUGGCAACAAACAACUAAUAACACCUAUAUCCUCCAUGAUACCAGCUUUAUUUUGCAAAACUGCCAGUGCCAUCGACCCAUACGUCUACGCUAUUUCCCAUCCAAAAUUCAGGGAACAAAUCUUAAAACUCUUUUCCAAAAAAGACACCAUGAAAAAACGUCAAAAAGUUUGGUAUUCUAGAAGUAGUAAACGAACUCAAGUACAGUCAAGGGAUACCAGUAUUGAUAAUGUCGAAGAGGAGUUUAUAGAUGUUGAGGUACAUCGUUCUGAACAAAAACGAAUAUGUUCUGGGAAAGCCAUGAAUGAAGAGGAGUUAAAACGUCACGAAUGUGACUUUGAACCACCAAACUCGUCGUAUAUGUUGUGCUUUAAGCCGAGUUUUAGUAAUAGGCCUUCUAGUUUGAGGAAAUUGUCGAGAAGAUUUUCAACGUUUAAUACACAAAAAUGUAGUGAAGAAGAGUAGUGUAAUGUAGUAAAGUAGGAUAAUAAAUGUAUAUAUUUAAUAUUACCUAAGCAACAAAAUGGCGAUUUGUAGGGAUUCGUAAUGUAGGGAAAUGUUGAAGUAGUUGGCACUAUGUGAACUAUUUUAUAAGUGUCGUUUUUGAACAAGUAUCCAUGUAGAAAGUAUUUUUAAAAAGACAAUAAGAUGUUUAAAAAUAUAUUCUUAAUUUCAAUGAUAAACCAAGGGGCAUAAUAUGUAUACGGAAAAAUGGUUUUGAUCACGAUUACAUCCGCCAUUUUAAAAAAUGUAUCUGCAAAAAAUAUUAUAAAUUAGUCAUAUAACAAAAUAAGAUCUAAACAUAAUUUCAUACUUAUUUAAAAAAAUUGUGUUCUUAGAAGAUGUCAUGUUUAAAUCACCCUGUAUACCAAUUAUGUUCCGCAUUGAAUUAAAUGUUAGAAAAAAUAUUUUUUAGAAUUUACUUUUAAAAUUGAAUUUUUUUUAUAUUAUAUACAUAUGUAUUAGAUAAUUAUAGAUAAUGUUCUUAAACAUUUUGUACAUUCUUAUAUUUAAAUGUGAAUUUAGAACACAAAGGUAGUAAAAAGUAAGCGAAUUAAAUAAUGUUCUCUAUAGAAGGAAGUACCGUAUAAUCGAAAAAAUACGCCGUCCAGUUGGCUUGGAAAUGACGAUCGUAGACAUUCCCGAUAUAAAAAAUUUACAUAUAAAAUGACAGCGAUCUUUAUUUCAUAGCAUCGCUUUUUUUUGAUCAUACGGUAUUUAGUGUUUAGUUAUUUAUUAUUAUUUAUUUAUUAGAAUAACAUAAUAUUAUUUUGUAGUAUUUGACAUUAUUUCUAUAAAAAUAUAUAUUAAGUCGAAAUCUUUAGUGUUGCCACAAUAUUAUAUACUUUUUUGAUAAAAUAAAUAUAAAAACAUUUUUAAUUUCAAAGAUAUAGGUACGGAAUAAAUAUCUUGAAAUUCUAGAAUAGCUUUUUGAAAGUAUAUACCUACUUUCUUAUAGUUUUAUACUUUCUUUCUUUUUUGAUAAAUAUUAAAAUAUUCUUCAAGUAUCGUAGAUUGAAUUAAAUUUUGACAAAAAUAUAGGUACAUAUUUUUAGAAUGUGAUGAAAGACAUCAGAGAAAAUGCUGCGGAUAUGUUAAUUAAGUCAUAGCUUCGUACUAAUAAGUAUUGAUGGUAUUGAUAUUUCAUACUACAGUAUGUAAAAUUAAAAAAAAAAAAAAUUAAAUUAUGCGAUAUAACAUGUUUAUUGUUUAUGCUGUGAAGUAAAUUCAUUGUUAUAUUAGAUUUUUCUCAUUAAUUCAUGAAUGAAAAUCUAGAUGACCAAUUAAUGUACCUACGACUAGUUAAUAUCAACUACUCUUAAUAAUGUAGAUAUUCCAUAAUUUAUUUCACACAAUU